AUGAAGCAUAGUCCGCCCUCCUUGGAAGAAGGUCCAUCAACUUUGCCUGCAAUCACUGGCCACAUCACAUACGAUCAUGCUUUUUUUGCUUUGCCGCAAGCGGUUUCCCCAUACAAACCGGGAAUACUGUCUUUCUCAGCAUCUCUGGUAUCCACCACAGUUGGGUUUCCGCUGGAUAGCAUAAAGACCCGAAUGCAAAUCCACAAAUUCGACUCCGCAUUGCAUUGUCUUCGAAGCACAAUUCAUCACGAGGGAGUGAAAGGAUUAUUUCGAGGAAUCAGUGCUCCAUUGAUCUCCACAUCUUGCUCCAGGUCUCUGGGAGUUUCUAUCUUCACCGCCACCAAAUCGUACGUUGCACAAUUACAAUUUGCCAUCUUUGGCCCCACGUUGGUGAACAGAGAUAACGUCAAAAAUUGGAGCGAGCAGGACUACCAGAGGGAACAAAUGAUCAAUAACAUCCCUGUGGCACUGGUAUCAGGCUCUAUAGCAGGAGCUUCAGUCUCCUGCUUCGCAUGUCCCUUUGAGUUCACCAAAUUAUUUUCGCAAGUAUCGAUGCUUGUGGGAUCAGACGACCACAUUGGAGGUAAGAAUGUGGUCCCUCGGAACAUUUUUCAUGUCGCGAGGCAGAUCGUAAGACAGGAGGGCAUAAGAGGCCUAUACUCGGGUUUCAAAUUCCACUUUCUAAGAGACGGGCUGAGCUCAGGACUCUUUUAUGGACUUUACGAAACCGUGAAACUAAACUUUCAGGCGUAUGCGGCCAAACAGGAGAAUUUGCCCAUUUCAAGGGCCACUGCCGAUGCCUUGAGUAUCUCUCUGGGAGGCGCUUUUGCUGGCAUGUUCAGCUGGAUAUUGGUUUUUCCAAUAGACACUAUCAAGUCAAUGGCCCAGAGAGAUAUUGUUUCAAAUAUUUUGCGCGAAAGGUCAGGACAGGACAAACUGGAAGUGGUGAAAAGGAAGAUUCAAUGGCCCACCAAAAGAAUGUAUAGAGGGCUCGGACCGUCUCUCACGAGAUCCGUUACUACCACCAUGAUAUUUUUCUCUCUGUUUGAAUAUCUCAUGAAACACAUUGUGUGA